AUGAAAACAGAGGCAUUGUUAAAACAUAGCAACAGUUAUAGCAACAGUAUAGUAAACAGUCGUAGCAACUUCGUCAUUGCAACAGUGAUAGCAACAGUCAUAGUACGGUCGGUACGGGAGUCAACACCGGUCACUGGGAGCAGCGGGGUAUGGCUGGUGGGCGGGUCGCUGGUACUGGGACGGGUGGGCGUGGCUGACGCCGCCCAGUACACCUGUGUUGCUAACAACACAGUAGGAGAAACCAGAUACACCGCCCACCUGCUGGUCACCCUUCCACUCUCUGUCCAGGUGACGCCGCGGGAGGUGCAGGUAGACGCUGGGGGUCGACUGGAACUUAGGUGUCAUAUCUCAGGAGAACCUGUCGACACCGUCACCUGGUACAAGGACGGUAACGUGCUCAGGUCAGGUGGUCGGGCGAGGAUCAGACCCAGAGAGACGCUGCACGUUUCACCCAUACACGCCUCUGACGCUGGUAUCUACCAAUGUGCUGCAACCUACGCCCAAGACUACGCCCACGCCCACUCCUACGUUACCCUGGGAGCUGCGGCGCCCCAGCUAGUGUAUCGCUUCAUCGAGCAGACACUGCAGCCUGGACCAGCUGUCUCGCUCAAGUGCAUAGCUACUGGCACUCCGACACCCCACAUUACCUGGCUUCUGGACGGCUUCCCCCUUCCCCCCUCCCACAGGUACGUAAAGGGGCAGUACGUGUCGGCGCACGGGGAGGUGAUCAGUCACGUGAACAUCUCUACGGUGCACGUGACGGACGGGGGUACGUACGCGUGCACGGCGGAGAACAGUGCCGGCAGCGUGGUGCACUCAGCACGUCUUAACGUGUACGGCCCCCCUCACGUGCGUCCCAUGGGGCAGGUGUCUGCUGUAGCGGGGGAGACCUUCCUUGUUACGUGCCCCGUCUCCGGCUACCCCGUGCACAAGAUCACCUGGAGGAAAGACGGAGUGAGGCUGCCGACUACCCACAGGCAGAGAGUCUACCCGAACGGCACACUGGUGGUGGAGCAGGUUACCCGAGGCGCUGACGAUGGACAGUACACCUGCACGGCCUCCACCAGGCAGGGCCAGUCAGAGAGCCAACACCUCACCGUCCGUGUUAUGGUGGCUCCGGUUCUCCAGCCUUUCCACUUUGAGGAGAAGUUACAGGCUGGGGACCGGGCGGGGGUGACCUGUCUAGUCAACAAGGGUGACCCUCCCAUCACUUUCACCUGGAGGAAGGAUGGCCACUCGAUUCAGGAGGUGGAGGGCGUCUCCGUCUCCAGCAUGAACGACUUCUCCAGCGCCCUCAUGAUCAGCAGCCUCACCGCCCUUCACUCCGGAGAGUACACCUGCAGCGCCUCUAACCACUGGGCCAGGGCCAACCUCUCCGCCGCCCUCGCCGUCAAUGUGCCUCCGGCCUGGAUGGUGGAGCCGGCUAGUGCCAGUGUUGCCCUGGGAGGCACCGUUGCACUCCACUGCCUGGCGAACGGGUUCCCCAACCCCACCAUCGCCUGGCGCAAGGAAACUGUGUCGGGGGAGUUUGUGGGCGUGGCAACGGGUGAAGGGGGCGUGGUCGGGUGGGAGAACGGUACCCUGGCGGUGACGCGGGCGGAGCAUCGCCACGAAGGGCGGUACCUGUGUGAGGCGAACAACGGUGUGGGCGCCGGACUCUCCAAGGUCGUCACCCUCAGCGUUAAUGAGCCGCCUUGGUUUAGUGUACGGAGUCAGCGUCAACAGGUGGUGGUGGGAGGCACUGCCAGUCUGAGUUGUGAAGCUCAUGGUGACACUCCCUUGGCACUCACCUGGACACGUGGCUCUGUCCCUCUACCUCCGCUACCAAGGUACGAGGUGUCUGAGCGUCAGGUGGAAACUGGCCAAGUAUCCGAGCUGGUGGUACGUUCGUCACACCUCAGUGACUCUGGUACCUAUGUAUGCACCGCUAGUAACACGCACGGUUCCCUCACCGCCGACUUCCACCUCUUGGUGCAAGACGUGCCAGCUCCUCCGUCAGGAGUGUCUGUGACGGAGGAGGGGUCGAGGCACCUCACAAUCUCCUGGACACCACCUGCAGACUCCAACGCCCCCAUCACCACCUACCUCGUCACCUACGACGCCCAGCAGUCCCCUGGAGUGAGUGAACCUCGGGAGGUGACCGUGGAGGGUGACCAGCGGAGAGUGAGGCUGGAGGGCUUGUUGCCAGCCACCACCUACACCUUGACGUUAGUGGCUGAGAACCGAGUAGGGAGGAGCCUACCUUCAGCCCCCCUACGGGUUACCACUCAGGAGGAACCCCCCACGGGAUACCCGCAGAAUGCUAACGUAAUGGCAGUGUCGUCAACAGCACUUCAGGUGACAUGGGACCCACCACCUAUCAAUCUCACCCACGGAACCGUCUUAGGUUACUACUUGGGUUUCAAGGACGACAGCGAGGGUGAAGGCGGGGCGUACAACUUCACGACGGUGGGCGUGGAUGGUGUGGGCGUGACGAGUGCUACCCUCAGCGGCCUACGCCCACACGCCCGGUACGCCGUGGUGCUGCAGGCCUUCAACUCCAAGGGCGCUGGUCCAGCCUCCCCGCCCGCCCUCGCCACCACCCUGGAGGACAAGCCGAGUGCCCCACCAGGUCAUGUGACCUGUGAGAGUGUGACCUCCUCCAGCCUAGUAGUGACCUGGUCACCGCCGCCUCCCAGACACAGAAAUGGAAUCGUGGUCAAUUAUCGAGUCUACUACACCUACGCUUCCCCCCAUGAGGGCAGUGGUCGCAGUGGCAGCGUGGUGUCAGAGGGCCAGAGGGCCACCUUGGCGGGUCUGUCACCCUGGACCAACUACAGUGUCACCGUCACCGCCUCCACCAGGGCCGGGGAGGGAGUGUCCUCCCACGCUAUUCUUUGCACCACUGACCAGGAUGUUCCGGAAGCGCCCGCGCGCGUGAAGGCGGUGGUAUCAGGACCGCGGGCAGCCGUGGUGUCGUGGGCGCCACCCGCACGCCCACAUGGGCGCAUCAACCGCUACACGGUGCGCUGGGAGCCCGCUGGUGGGCGGGGCGGACCCCACAGCCGGAGAGUGGACCCCCACCUGACCCACUUGACCCUACAUGACCUGCCUCACACUACCCACCAGGUAUGGGUGACAGCGUCCACAAGGAUGGGCGAAGGACCGGCCAGCAGUAUAGCCGUGGUCAAGCCUUCACACACAGUGCCUGCGGGCGUGUGGGCGGUGGGCGGGAACGUGACGGCGGCAUGGAAGGAGGACGUGAGUCUUCCCUGUGGCUCUGUGGGUGUUCCUGAACCCACCCUCACCUGGAACCACGAGAGGAAGCUCAUCCCCGCCAAGCACGACAGGUUCAAAGUUCAGCCCGACGGGACGCUGACGCUGGCUGACAUUCAAAGGAGUGACAGUGGCCGCUACACCUGCACUGCCACCAAUCACCACGGCAGUGACGCCGUCAUGUAUAACCUCACAGUACUGGUGCCUCCUUCCUCGCCCUCGCUACACGUCACGGAGACCACCUCCUCCUCCAUCAGAGUCCAGUGGAGUCUUGAAGACACUGGGGGAGCCGCUCUACAGGGCGCCACCCUCCACUACAGGUCUGCUGGCGGGGAGUGGGUGACCACAGCCGUGGCCGGAGACCAGAGGUCCUAUACAGCCCGAGACCUGCGUUGUGGAACCCUUCAUCACUUCUCCUACACGCUCACAACCAUAUAUGUCAGUUAA